UACUGUGUGAGCUGUGAUUGGUCACAUGCUUGUCACAUGGUACAAAGCUGUUGUGAAUAGCCUUGUACCAUAUUUCACACAUAGUAAGCAAUGAUGUCAGAAGUGACAUCUUGCUUACACCUAUUCAUGUGAUCACUGAUUGGCCAAUCAGUGAUCCCAUGAUCGGUACCUCACACAGAGGACCUCACAUCACAGUGCCGCGCGCUCCCAGGGAACGUGCACAAUCCAAAAUGGCGGGCGCCGUUUAUGAACAGCAACCCGCCCCUGGACUGCCACCGUCCUGCCGUUUAUAUACAGCGGCCGGACAGGAAGUGUUU